CCCGCGCCGCCCGCGCCGCCCGCGCCGCUGCCCGUGGCGGUGGUGUGGAGCCCCGAGGUGGAGGUGUGCCUCUUCCACGCCAUGCUGGGCCACAAGCCCGUCGGUGUGAACCGCCAUUUUCACAUGAUCUGCAUUAGAGACAAGUUCAGUCAGAAUAUUGGGAGGCAGAUCUCUUCCAAAGUCAUCUGGGAUCAUCUCAGCACUAUGUAUGAUAUGCAAGCACUGCACGAGUCUGAGAUUCUUCCCUUUCCCAACUCAGAAAAAAAUUUCAUCCUUCCUGAAGAAAUUAUUCAUGAGGUAAAAGAAGGUAAAGUGAUGAUCAAAGAUGAUGUGAAGGAAGAAAUAAAGGAAGAGAUAGAAUCUCAUGCAGGCCCCGAAGACGUAUAUGCAUCUAUGGGAAGCCUGGGGAAGACAGCUGAAAAGCCAGGCACCAAGGAGAAAGAGAGGUCCUCCUCCGAAUCUGGAUCCAAAGAAGGAGGAGAUAAAAGGAAGCGGAACAGAGUCACCGAAAAGGUCUUAAAUGCAAACAGCAAUCCUUCCAGUCCGAGCGCUGCAAAACGACGCAGAACGUGAGCGAUGGUGGAAC